CAGUAGCACCUUGUGGGACUCCUUUGUGUGUGCGUGCAUGUGUCUGCGUGUUUGUGUGUGUGCGCGCGCGUGUGUGUGCUUGUGUGUGUAGCUUUACAUUACCUUAGCGGUUGAUUUCAUUUCAUAUUUGUGAAACAGUCACUGUGUGUGUGUGUGUGUGUGUGUGUGUGUGUGUGUGUGUGUGUGUGUGUGUGUGUGUGUGCUUGGACAAACGGCCAGGAGGUCACUUAGUGUGCCAGCCACUAAUUGGAGCAAAUUUGACUGAGCAAGAAAAGAGCCGGCUCGAAAAUUCCAGCGCUGCUUUGCACAGGCCGCUCUUUGUUGUCCCUUGCCUUCUAUUUGUUCUCUUGUGUGCUGUGUUAACAGUUAUCUCGCUCUCGCUCACACGCUUCCCCUUGAAAGGGUCUUUAGCCCCUCCGCCCCCCCAAAAGCGAAGCUCACAGAACACCACACAAGUCAGACGGGACCUCACCAGGGUCUUCUGCCUGCCGGGACCACCGCCGCCGCCAUGAUCCUGAGGCCUCCAGAGGAGUCGGGACUUGUCUUCGUAAAAUGGAACACGGUUACCCCUUAUUGGUCGUCCAGGGGAGGCUGAGCCUGGAGUCCAGUUGGUGGGACUCUCCUGCUGAUCUUCUGUCAGGUUGGAAUUUGAGAUGAUUGGAGACGUGAGCAGCCAUGGGGAGCGUCAGAACGCGGAGGAGCUGGAGUGCAAGAUCUGCUACUGCGGCUACAACUUGGGGAGCCGCCGACCCAAGGUUCUGGAAUGCUGCCACCGCCUAUGUGCCAAGUGCCUCGCCAAGAUUCAGGACCUAGGAGAGUCGCCUCCCAGCACCGUGAUCUGCCCCUUCUGCCGUUACGUCACCAGGCUACUCGGAGAGGCGGCCAGCAGUCUCCCGGACGACUACAACCUGCUAACCGCAUUGGCGCUAGGGAGCUGCAGCCAGAGGUCCCAGAGGAACCUUCAUUUCCACCAAGACGAACUGCUCCUGAACCCCCGGCACCUGAGCUCCUUGAUGGGAAACGAACCGACCUCGACGUCCCCUUCGUCCACCUCUGCUUACUCCUCCAUCCGAGGCUCUCCUAACUUUGUGGUCAUCACCAUCAUGGAGCCUCCGCCGGCCUCCUCCCCAGGGCAGGACCAGCCCGGCGGAAACCUGAUCUCCAACCGGGGGUUCCGCUCCUCCAGCCAAGACUCCAUGGCGUCCAUCACGCAGAGGUGGACCCUGUGGAACUGCGCCGCCCUGCUGUGCCAAACGUCGGCCCGGGCCCUGGUGUGGGUGCUAGGCCUGCUCUACUUCAGCUCGCUGCCCAUGGGCGUGUACCUCCUCAUCAUGCAGCAGACCACUGUGGGGGUCCUGCUGGUGAGCCUGGUCCCCGCCAGCCUGGUCAUGGUGAUUGUCUACGGCUUCUGCCAGUGUGUAUGCCAGGAGGUCUGGAACUGCAUGCCACCGUAGCGGGACCUCUUGUACCUCGGACUGAAAGUGGGUUAAGAGUGGGGCCAACGCAUAGGAGUCUCCUCAUCUGUUCAGUAUUAAACUUUUUUGUCCCGUUAGGGCCACCGUACUUCAAGCAGCUGACUCAAAACAACACACUACAGUGGUACACUGCACAAACUCAAAAUCUUACCAAGAAUAUUUGUCUUCUAGUCAAAACGAAUCUGAUUCCACUUACAAUAAAACUGAGUCAUCAUCUAAAAAGUCACUUGUUUCAUGAUUGUUUUUACUUGAAAUAAGUGGAAAAAAAAUUUAAGAUUUUUUUUCUUACUCCACUGGCAAUGUUUUCUACUUAUUUCAAGUGUAAUUCUGCUUGAAACGAGUGAAAAUUGUUUGAAACGUCACUUUUUAGGUGAUGCGUCUUAAUUUAAGUGUAAUCAGAUUAGGUUUGACUGGAAAUACAUUUUUUGUAAGAUUUUGAGUUGUUGCAGUCUACGUUGACUUACGAGUGUCUCAAUUUUUUGGAGUUAUGAGCCGAUUAUUAUUUUUUUCCCUAGGAAUUAUGAGUGAGCUUCAGAUACGUCGCUGACGCACUGGGACAAACACACGAAUACAAAAUUAGGUAAAUGAAUAAAUACAAUGAGAACACUCACAAGGAGCAGCUGUAGGCCCACAACUCAAACCCAGACGCUCACACGAAGACUAAUGUUCUUGUCCCUCAGUAGGCCACACCUCUUAAAGGCACACUACAAACACGUUUACAGCUGUUGUUGUGGCUUGGCUUGUCCCGACGUACGGUUGUAAUUGUAAAGACACUUCAUGAAAGCAGUUUGACUUUACAGAAAACGGACGGAUGGAUUGAUUUUUACUACUUCUACUACAUGUAUUUUUGUUCUCCCUUUGACAUUUUGCGCCCCCGUUCAUAGAGGACAUUUACAUUAAUUUACAUUAAUGUGUCUUUAAUAUUUGUUAAAGCAUAGUAAAAUAAAUCAAUUAAUAAAUACAAUAAACGUUAUCCAUCCCCCA